AUGUUGAGGCACGAUACCACGUUUCUCCCCAGUCUUGACUCCCCCGCUGCAGGCUCACGACUGCAUGAAACCUUAUCGCCUGACUCUCAAUUGAACGAGCCAGCUGUUUUUGGAGAGCUUGCAACAUCCGUACCAAGUGGGAAAAGUGUAUCAUCGAGAGGCUCUUCCUCGUCCCCUGUGAGGAAGUUCUUCCACUUAUGGCCACCGCUACGGGAGUUUCCUCAAUGGUAUUGGUCAAGAUUCAAUGGUUAUGAUCAGUCAAAGAGUGUCUACGGAUUUUAUCCUUCGUGGGACUUGGUUGUAACCUUUCUCUUUGUCUGCAUAACGAUGAUUAUGUUCUCCUUAAUAGAAUUCUAUGCCUUUCACCCCUUUAUGAAGAAUUUGAAGAUAUUUAUUCCUGCCUUUGGUGCCAGUACAACUGUGGUUUUCUGCGCACCUUUGUCACCUUCAGCACAACCAAGGUCUUUAUUUUGUUCUCAUAUUGCUGCAGCGAUUAUUGGAGUUUCGCUCUCAAAUAUAUUUCAGUUUGUACCCAAUGAGUCAUUUGGAUUCAAAUGUGCUGGUGCUGUUGCAGUAGGGGUACACUUAGUUUUCAUGUCUCUAACUAACACGAUGCACCCACCAGCUAGCGCAACUUGUGUUACAGCUGCUCUUAAUCCACUGAAUACGUACUAUAAUGAUCAUGGAUUUUUAUUUGUUGUUUUUCCAGUCAUCAGUGGAUGUGUUCUUUUGUUUCUUUGCGCAUGGUUGAUGAAUAAUCUACUGGAAAGACGUUCUCCAUACCCAAAAUACUGGUGGUGA